UUUUAGGGUGUUUAAGAAGCGAGAGGUGAGAGAGAGGAGACACGGCAAGAAGAAGAGAAAAAAUUUCUCUUUCUUCCUUUCGUUAAGAUCCUGGCAAGGAAUCUGUAAGAAGAGGAAGCUCAGCUCGCAAUCAAUCGAUUCCACCGACUGCAUUUGUUUGGAAUCUCGUGUUAGAAUGCUGGCGCUCAACCGCGCAUUCAUGGAUUUGGCAGCGAAGAGCUCCUCCGCGAGGAGAAAGCUCUUCUGUUUUUAGGGAUCGAUCGGUGGAAGGGCGAGGCCGCGAUGGAUCCGGGUAGACCAAGGAGAAGAGGAAGCUACAUUGUUGUGUGGGUGUAGGAUUGGAAGGAUCGCGCGCAUUGGAAGCACAUUGAAAGGAGAGGAAGAAUCCAGGCGGAAGGAUGAGAUCUAUAACGCGCUCCUUCUCUUCUCCGCCGAUUCUCUCGCCCACCAAGAUCCGCCGCCUCCAGCGAACGUUCCACAACGUCAAGCUCAUGGUCAUGUGUGGCAUGAUCACGAUCCUGGUGCUGCGAGGGACGAUCGGCGCGGGCAAAUUCGGGACGCCCGCCCAGGAUUUGCGAGAGAUCCGCGAGCAUCUGCCGCGGCGCCACAAGGAGGCCGCGAGCAGAGUCCUGGCAGAGGCGCACGAAUCGCGAAAGAAAGCCCCAGGCGAUCGCGAGGAGAGGGAGGAGGAGGAGAGAAGCGCAGGAUCAUCGCCCUACUCUCUGGGUCCCAAGAUCUCCGACUGGAACGAGCAGCGAUCCCAGUGGCUCCUCGAGAACAGGGCUGGCGGCGGCGCCGCCACUAGCAAGAUCCUCCUCGUCACUGGCUCCCAGCCCAAUCCCUGCGACAACCCAGUGGGCGAUCACUACCUCCUCAAAUCUCUCAAGAACAAGAUCGACUACUGCCGGAUCCACGGCAUCGAGAUCUUCUACAACAUGGCGCACCUCGAUUCCGAGAUGGCGGGCUACUGGGCCAAGCUCCCACUUCUCCGGAAGCUCCUCCUCUCCCACCCGGACGUGGAGUGGCUAUGGUGGAUGGACAGCGACGCCAUGUUCACGGACAUGAGCUUCGCGAUCCCGCUGGACAAGUACGCGAAUCACAACAUGGUCCUCCACGGAUGGGACGAGCUCGUCUACGCGAAGAAGAACUGGAUCGGGCUCAACACCGGGAGCUUCCUCCUCCGCAAUUGCCAGUGGUCGCUGGAUCUUCUCGAUGCGUGGGCGCCGAUGGGACCAAAGGGAAAGAUCCGCGAGGACGCCGGCAAGAUCCUCACGCGCGAGCUCGUGGGACGCCCGGAAUUCGAAGCUGACGAUCAGUCCGCGCUCGUCUACCUCCUGGCGACGCAGCGAUCCCAGUGGGGCGAUGGCGUGUUCUUGGAGAGCUCGUACUACCUCCAUGGCUACUGGGCGAUCCUGGUGGACAAGUACGAGGAGAUGAUCGCGAAGAAUCAUCCGGGGCUUGGGGACGAUCGCUGGCCGCUGGUGACCCACUUCGUGGGGUGCAAGCCGUGCGGGAGCUAUGGCGAUUACCCGGUGGAGCAGUGCUUGCGGGAGAUGGAGAGGGCGUUUAACUUCGGGGAUAAUCAGAUCUUGGGUGGCUAUGGAUUCCAGCACCGGCGGCUGGAGAGCGCGAGGGUGAAGAGGACGAGGAAUGACACCGCCAGGCCCCUGGAUGAUCUACCAUCGAUAUCGCGAGUUUCUUCCUCCUAGCUAUGAGGUUUGUUUUUUUUUUCGAGUUCUUCCCAAAAGGUUGGAGCAACCCAUUUGUCUUGUCGUGAUGGAAGAUUGAUAGAUUGUUUUGAUGCUCGCUCGAUCUAUCGUAUCAGAUGAUCAUUGCCUUUACAUAGUUUUUCUUAUCUAGACAUUGGUUCUUGAGCUAUGGAGCGAUGACGCUAGUGGCGAUCCUGGACUUCUUCCGGGGGCGUUUGUGGGAGAUUUUGGACACGCAAUGGCUCCUGGCACUGAGGAAUUUGUCAAUGGAGGAUCUUCUUCUCCUUCCAUCGCAUAUGAGAGUCCCUUCGAUCCUUUGUUUCUCGUGCAUUGACGGCUGGGAUGGAAGGCCUUAGGAUUGCUGGCCCAAGACGCUCCAGGAUUUGCUCGCUCUCUUUUUCUCGAGAGCUGAAGGAGAGCUCAAAGGUGGAUCGCUUCCAAGUGUUAUAACGCAGGCCGUGAACGUCAGGAAACCAUGAGGUAUGCAUCUCCUUCGAUCCAUCGAUCGUUUUAGAGGAGACUCCCGUUUAGAUUCUUUCCAGAUUGAAGGACUUUCUUCGUUGGUAGUAAACACGUCAAACGAUACUAGCCAUUCUUGUCAACCGUUUCAAAGCAUCGUGCCACACAAAACCGCAACCUUUCUCGGCGACGAGGACGUGUAGCUGGACGCAUUCUUGUCGUCCAUUAGCAUUCGCGAGCAACGUAGCCAUGGACAGCACUCGGGCUGCAUGCCUGUGGAGAUCUCUCGGCGAACAUGUUGAGGUGAGGAGCGUAGGUUCUUGAAACACUGGGGCAGGACCUCUGUAAAUCGCCAGGACGUCACGGCGGUGAUCUCUGUUUGGUGUUGCUAGAAUUUGUUAUCCGAGAACGACGACGGUGCGAGCAAGUGUGGCUUCCCUUUGAGCAGAGGCAUGAAGAGAUUGAACCUGCGUCUUGGUGGAGCUGGACGUGAUCUUGUGAUACAAUCUAAAUGCCGUUAUUUUGUUCCUUCGUUGGAAGUGGAAUUUUUUAAAAAUGCUUGGCCUUU